AUGUGGGUCAGGCACCAAUGGUAUCUGUACAAACGUUUAAAAAUGUUACUUAGUUAUAGAAAAUCCAUCAAGCCAAUAAGCAAGAAAUCCUUCCUGCAACAUGUUGAAGAGCUUUGCACAAACAACAACCUAAAGUUUCAAGAAGAAUUUUCGGAAUUACCAAAAUUUCUUCAGGAUCUUUCUUCAACUGAUGCUGAUCUGCCUUGGAAUAGAGCAAAAAACCGCUUCCCAAACAUAAAACCAUAUAAUAAUAACAGAGUAAAGCUGAUAGCUGAUGCUGGUGUUCCAGGUUCGGAUUAUAUUAAUGCCAGCUAUAUUUCUGGCUAUUUAUGUCCAAAUGAAUUUAUUGCUACUCAAGGUCCACUACCAGGAACAGUUGGAGAUUUUUGGAGAAUGGUGUGGGAAACCAGAGCAAAAACAUUAGUAAUGCUAACACAGUGUUUUGAAAAAGGACGGAUCAGAUGCCAUCAGUAUUGGCCAGAGGACAACAAGCCAGUUACCGUCUUUGGAGACAUAGUGAUUACAAAGCUAAUGGAGGAUGUUCAAAUAAAUUGGACUAUCAGGGAUCUGAAAAUUGAAAGGCAUGGGGAUUACAUGACUGUUCGACAGUGUAACUUUACUGCCUGGCCAGAGCAUGGGGUUCCUGAGAACAGUGGCCCUCUAAUUCACUUUGUGAAGUUGGUUCGAGCAAGCAGAGCACAUGACACCACACCUAUGAUCGUUCACUGCAGUGCCGGAGUUGGAAGAACUGGGGUUUUUAUUGCUCUGGAUCAUUUAACACAACAUAUAAAUGACCAUGAUUUUGUGGAUAUAUAUGGACUAGUAGCUGAACUGAGAAGUGAAAGAAUGUGCAUGGUGCAGAAUCUGGCACAGUAUAUCUUUUUACACCAGUGCAUUCUGGAUCUCUUAUCAAAUAAGGGAAGUAAUCAGCCCAUCUGUUUUGUUAACUAUUCAGCACUUCAGAAGAUGGACUCUUUGGACGCCAUGGAAGGUGAUGUUGAGCUUGAAUGGGAAGAAACCACUAUGUAAAUAUUCAGAUCAAAGGAUACAAUUGGAAGAUAUUUUCAAAUUCCAGGGGCCAAAGUUACCCCCUCAUUCUUCUGAAUUAAAAUGGGCAAACUUAAAGAAAUAUCGAUGCUUCCCUAACUGUGCCUUUCCAAAUGGAUUGAACAUUUUAAGACUAGUUCUAGAAAAUAGCUAAUUCAGAAUGAUUAUUUGUUUUGUACAGAAUAAAUAUUAUGCAUUUUAAAUGCUUAAGAAAAGACAUCCCAUAUGUUUUUGAAGUCCUUUGUUUCAAUGUGAAUUUUCCCUAUGUAUUGGAUUUAAUUUUGAACAAAAGUUAUAAAUGUUGAUUCAGUAGUGUUGUUUUGGCUUCCAGGGUGUUGACGUUUCUUGUGGAUAAUUUCCAGGACUGUCAUAAUGAUCUGUACUUCCAUGUACAACCCUGUGUUUUGAAUCCUCUGUUUUAUGAGUGCUGAGAUAUCAUCUCAUGAUCCCGAACAGCUGAACAGUAACCCCCUGACACUGCAGGGAUUACUUAGCCUUUAUACAACACACAGUAGCUCUUCAGGGACACUUAGGGCUAUUUAAUUUGCAUUGUGAUCUUCAGUUUGAAAACUAAAAAGAAAAAUUAAAAGUGCAAUGGCACACAUGAAGUUACAAAGUACCAUUUUAGCCGACCCACAUUUGUAAACUUUCAGGCACAAGUUUUACCUCUGUAUUGUAUAUUAAAAUAUAUAGUCAAAUGUAUCAGAGUGUUCACCCAUUAGAUAUAUAUUCAACCUAAUAUGAACAAUUCUGAAGAAUAUUUUUCAGCAAAAAUGUAUCAAAAGAGUAAUAAGAACACAUAGUGUGUUGCAAGCUUGUAAACCAAUGAUGUGCUGCUGUGGUGCCAACAGAGAUUUCCAAAUGGAUUAUGAUAAAUGGCCUUUAUUUCAUUUUCCAAGGUUGAUUAUUGAGCAGUAUAUCUGGUGGAACUGAAAACAACUUAACCAUGUGUAGCUAAUUCGAGAUUUCUUUAAAGAAAAUCUUUCAGUCUCCAUCGUAUUAAAUAGUGACCAUGUACUAAGUUUUGAAUUAUAUGAAAUUAUUGUGUCAUAGAUUUCAAUUAACAGUAAUAAAAAUAGUGCUAAUUAUUCUCUCUAUGGUAAGAAUUAUAUCUUAUGCUUAUUUCUGCUGAAUAUACAUAUAAGAAAUGUG